CGGUUGCCCAGCGGCGGCGGUUCAGAAUGUCGAGCGCGCCAGGGGGUGGCCGAGCAGUUCCUCCCUCCGGCGGACGCGCGUCGGCGGCAGCAGCAGCAGCUGCUGCGGGAGGGGAGGAGGCGGCGCCUGUGUCGGCGCUGGAGGUUGUGUCCUUCCUGGGGAAACUACUGUGCGCAGUCGCGGCGCUGAAGGCGGCUCUUUACCUGCUCCGCAGAGUCUGUCUAGCGAUGGCCUGGAAGUCAGGAGGCGCCAGUCACUCCGAGCUCAUCCACAAUCUCCGCACUUAUGUUGAGCAUGAGUCUUGUCAUGAUAAGCGAGAAUGUCAAGCUAGCCCGUGAAUAUGCCUUGUUAGGAAAUUAUGAUUCUGCAAUGGUCUACUACCAAGGAGUACUUGACCAAAUAAACAAAUACCUGUCCUCUGUUAAAGAUACAUAUCUCCAGCAGAAAUGGCAACAGGUUAGGCAGGAGAUAAAUGUAGAAGCUAAACACGUGAAGGAUAUCAUGAAAACUCUAGAAAGCUUUAAAUUAGACAGCACCCCUUUGAAAGCUGCACAGCAAGAAUUACCAGCUCAUGAUGGAGAAGUCUGGUCAUUGCCUGUACCUGCGGAACGUAGGUCCUCACCAGGACCACGGAAACGCCAGUCUGCUCAAUGCAGUGACUGUAAGGAUCAUAAUCGAGCAGGUGCAGCUGCCAGGGUUCCUCAUCGUCCUUCGUCCCGAAACACUAAUGAUAAAGGCAAAAUAGUUCGUGGCCGAGAAAAGAAGGCUCCUCAAAAUAAACGAGAAGAGGAAAAAAGUAAGUCUUCAUCUGACAUUUCAGAACCUGAGCCAAAGAAAUUUGAUAGUACUGGGUAUGAUAAAGAUUUAGUAGAGGCUUUGGAAAGAGAUAUUAUUUCUCAGAAUCCCAACAUUCGAUGGGAUGAUAUAGCUGACUUGGUGGAGGCUAAAAAAUUGCUUAAAGAAGCUGUAGUCUUACCCAUGUGGAUGCCAGAAUUCUUUAAGGGGAUAAGAAGGCCUUGGAAGGGUGUAUUGAUGGUUGGUCCUCCUGGUACUGGAAAAACUCUUCUUGCAAAAGCUGUAGCUACUGAAUGCAAGACAACUUUUUUCAACAUAUCAUCAUCAACACUUACUUCAAAAUAUAGAGGAGAAUCUGAAAAACUUGUUCGCCUACUAUUUGAAAUGGCUCGAUUCCAUGCACCAACAACAAUAUUUAUCGAUGAGAUAGAUUCUAUCUGUAGCCGCAGAGGAACUUCUGAGGAGCAUGAAGCCAGCCGAAGGGUGAAGGCAGAAUUACUUGUUCAAAUGGAUGGUGUUGGAGGGGCUUCUGAAAAUGAUGACCCUUCAAAAAUGGUUAUGGUUCUGGCUGCAACUAACUUUCCAUGGGAUAUUGAUGAGGCUUUAAGACGACGGCUGGAGAAGAGAAUUUACAUACCCUUACCAUCAGCAAAAGGCAGAGAAGAGCUUUUAAGAAUAAACCUGCGAGAGUUGGAGCUUGCUGAUAAUGUUGACCUUGCAACUAUAGCACAGAAUAUGGAAGGCUAUUCUGGUGCUGACAUUACCAAUGUGUGCAGAGAUGCUUCACUGAUGGCAAUGAGAAGACGUAUUGAAGGCUUAACACCUGAAGAAAUCAGAAACCUUUCCAGAGAUGAAAUGCACAUGCCAACAACAAUGGAAGAUUUUGAAAUGGCUUUAAAAAAAGUUUCGAAGUCAGUCUCUGCUGCGGACAUUGAAAAAUAUGAGAAAUGGAUACUUGAAUUUGGAUCAUGCUAAGCCUUCCUAUCUUAAGAAAUCUGCCUUAAGUCUUCAAACAAUUCCAGAAGUAAUUAAAAAGUAGCACUAUAUUUUUUAACUUUUUAUAAUUACACAAGCAAUACUUAAUAAAGUUGGUUUCUUAAACUGGAGCUUUUCUUUCCCCAGGCUCAUGCACCAGUUCCCCUUCCCAUUAAUAAUGCUAUUGAGUGUGUUCUAUAGAACCACACAGAAGUAUUUGUGCUGAAUAAAUUGAAUGGGUUCCCCCAUUACGUAAAUGUUCCACUGCAGUCAAUAUUUAGGUGUGAGGUACCAGGCUCCAUUCAGUAACCAUGUUUAACUAACAAAAUACCGUAUAAGAAUAAAUGAUUGCCUUGUCUUGACCAAACAGAAAUCUCAUUUCAGUAUUAUGGGUAUGUAGACCUUUGUUUUCUAUGACUUACUGCAGUUAAACUACAAAAAAUGCAGAAGAGGGUAGUUGAGGAAUAUGGGUAAAACCUUGGAACAUAUUUCCUUCCUGAGUAAAGUCAUACAUCUAGCUGGUGCUUAGAAACUCUGGAUCACAAAACACAGCCUUUUUUGUUCAAGUACCAUUAAAAAAUCCAAAUGGCCAGACAACUCUAAAAAAUAUUAAAUUCUCUCAAUGCGAUUUAUUGAAAAGUUGUGAUCAUACAAAUUUGCCUGGAAAACUGCUUUGUAAAUCACCAUUUUAAAGGCAAUUGUGCUCUUGCUUUGGAAAUUUACACUGUACUGCAGCUUCAAGAAGCACAGUUUUAAAAGUGCUUACACCUUUUAGGAGGCCUUGUUUUUUUUAUAGACCAAAUAAAGUGCUUGUAAUGUCA